GUUUCUUCAUCUCCCCUGGCAUGAGAAUGCAAAGCAUGUCCCAUUUGUAAAAUCUGCCUUUUGGAAAUAUGGCGCGAGUUGUAAUACAUCUAUCAAAACUGGCUUUUUUUGUGAAACAUUAAAUGUUCAACUGUCGACAUUUACCCUCCACUGUGUCGGUUGUGUGCAUUGGUCGUAAAACCAUGGCAAAGUUGUUUGGUAUGGAGCUAAAGAAACCCGACCUGAGGCCAGCAUGCAGGGAAACGGCUACAGCAUUUAGCCUUAGUCUAAAUACACGGGAACCCUUUGUUUAUCUCUGUGUGGCCCACUGCUAAUCACCACCAAGCUGUUUGAAUUGUUGUCCGUCCACAGGCCUGCUCAUUGAUGACUGUCGGAUAAAACACAAAGACUUUUUUUCUGUGAAACUCUGAAGGAAUGGCUCAAUGUAGUGUGAGUGUGUCCUUAGGGGUCAGCUGUGAGAAUCCUGAGGGCAGUCUGACCCCAUGAAAAGAGAAGGAUCCCAUGACCCCGUGGCUGCAGCACAGGCCUACGCUCAUUCCCAGAGUCCGUCCAUGCCGGCUUUGUGUGGCCCACAACAGAUUAGAGCAACAUAAGUCCUCUGACAACAUUUGUUAUUUAAACCCUUUCAUGUCCAUCUUUAAUUGGGACUUACAUCCCAAGUGUUUCUUUUAGCUGGAAUUUUAUUUUUGUGAACGAAUACCACAGUGAUCUGGACAUUUUUUUAUCCUCGUAUCUGAAGUAACGUGCAGAACUCCAAAACUAAAGCGGCGUUAUAAUUUUUUUAAAUUGAAAAAUAAAUAAAAUUGCAUCUCCAAAAUUCUUGAUGUCCUUGGCAAGCGGUGACGCGUGUCUCAAGACUUGAUAUAAAUAGAUCUGCCCUUUUUAAAACAACAUGGCCUUUUCUGUUUGUAUUACUGUUGUCGUGUUCCUUCUGUUCCAAUUUAAAUAACUCUGUUUACCUUCAAAACACCGCUGCCAAUUUGCCACUGUAACAUAUUUACUGUAUUGUAGACCAGAGCCAACACCAUACAUCUUUCUGGUAAAAGUAUUCUGUAUGUCACAAUAAUUACUCUGAGCCUGUACUUGUUAAACGUAUAUGAAAAGCUAACGACACACGCUGAGGUCAUCCUGCUGGCAGUUUUCUUUACAAAUGAUGGACAGUUGGCGAGAUCAGUGCAUGAACCAGGUGACAGUUUGAGGAGGAUUCUUUCAGCAGUCACAACCCCAGCCACCAGAAUGGAGCUUCAGAAAAUGAACGGACACAGCAGGGAAGACGGGUUUGAUGGGCUGGAUGCGUUGGCUGAAAACGAGGAGUUUCUCCCACAGAAAUCCGGUGUCAAGAAAGAAACUCGCUUUACAGAUUUCGAGGGGAAGACUUCAUUUGGCAUGUCCGUCUUUAAUCUCAGUAAUGCCAUUAUGGGCAGUGGAAUUCUGGGAUUGGCUUUUGCAAUGUCCAACACUGGAAUCAUUCUUUUUCUAAUCCUGUUGGUAUCCAUUGCCAUCCUGUCUGCGUAUUCAAUUCAUCUCCUGCUGAUUAGUGCUGGAGUUGUUGGCAUUCGAGCUUAUGAGCAGCUCGGGAAUCGGGCUUUCGGUGCCCCAGGAAAAAUGGUCGCCGCAUGCAUCAUUACAAUACACAACAUCGGAGCAAUGUCCAGCUACCUCUUCAUCGUCAAGUCUGAGUUGCCACUGGUUAUUUUGGCUUUCCUCGGGAAACAGGCAAACACAGGAGAGUGGUUCUUGAAUGGAAACUACUUGAUCAUGAUUGUUAGUGCACUCGUCAUCCUUCCUCUGGCGAUCAUGAAACACCUUGGUUACUUGGGCUAUACGAGUGGGUUCUCCUUAUCCUGCAUGGUGUUUUUCCUCAUUGCGGUUAUCUACAAGAAAUUCAACACCCUCUGUCCACUGGAAGAGGAAUAUCACAACAUGACUCCCAUUGCUCAUACCCACACUGCCACUAAUGGGACGGACGACUUCUGCGAGGCCCAACUAUUUACUGUCAACUCACAGACAGCGUACACCAUCCCAAUUCUGGCCUUCGCUUUUGUCUGCCACCCGGAGGUGCUCCCGAUCUACACCGAGCUACGAGAUGCCACCAAGAAACGUAUGCAGAACGUUGCCAACAUCUCCGUGAUGGCCAUGUUCAUCAUGUACCUGCUAACGGCUCUUUUUGGUUACCUGACCUUUUAUGGUGCUGUGGAGCCCGAGCUGCUGCACACCUACAGUCGAGUGGGCAAACUGGAUGUCCUGGUUCUCUGUGUGCGUGUGGCGGUGCUGAUCGCCGUCACUCUGACCGUCCCGGUGGUUCUUUUCCCGAUCCGCAGGGCCUUGCUCCAGAUCUUGUUCCCCGAAAAGCCUUUCAGCUGGUUCGUCCACAUCGGCAUUGCAUUUUGUCUCAUCUUUGUCGUCAACCUACUGGUGAUCUUCGUGCCCUCCAUCCGCGACAUCUUUGGCCUCAUCGGAGCCACAUCUGCCCCCUGCCUCAUCUUCAUCCUACCUGGAGUCUUCUACAUCCGCAUCGUUCCUGAAGAACAGGAGGCACUGCUGUCCAGACCCAAGAUUCAGGCCGCCUGCUUUGCUGCCCUGGGAGUCCUCUUCAUGAUCAUGAGUUUGUCGUUUAUCAUUGUUGAUUGGGUGACAGGGGAGUCUCGGAGUGGAGGCGGGCACUAGCAGUUGUGACUGGACAGAGAUACAAUGAAGAAUGCCAACCCGGUCAUUAAAUUACCCCUCAGCUGCUCAUCCAAAGUCAAAUAGGAAAGUUUGGCUGCACAAGACGAAGGAUAUAUGAAGAACCUUCGGCCAAAACAACGGCAAAAAUAAAGCAUGUUGACAUGAUAAUGGAGUGGACAAAGUAAAGCAAUGUGCUCUGACUGAUUGAAACCUGUGUUCUAGCUCAUGUUGUUUGGAGGCAUGUGUAGAAAUACACAAGAUACCAAAAAGACGAACAGCAUGACUCAAAUGGAAAUCCCAUUUUAGGAGUAUGGAAUAACUCAGUCACUGACAAAAUCCUUCCAAUCUACUUCCCCACCAUGUCUGAUUUUACAGCACAGAAAGGUUCCCUUCUUUUGCAUGCGAAAAAAAAAGUUGAGUUUGUUCAUCCAUCAGUAUAUAUUCAUUAUACAUUCAGGACUGUAUAAUAUGGCGUUCAACAAACUUCACAGAUUCAGUUACAUUUGAUCAGCGAGGGUGAGUCUGCAGCUCCUCACUAACCAUUACAAUCUAACAACAUACAAUUGUUGCUGACCUUCGCAGUUUAAUUAAUGUUCCUAAUGUGAUAUUUGUGUUAAUAUAUUCUGACAAUAACUUUUGUAGGAGUUAAGUCUGAGGGAAUUUUUUGAAACAAUCCAACAGAUACAGUGCAAUUUGUGUUCGGCUGCUAUCCAUGAAGGUCAAACAGACAGUUACCGACAAUCACAUGUGAAUCAACAGAAAUAGAGGUGGUUUGUACAAUUUUUAAUAAGUUUUUAUGUACUCUUGAAAAAAAAUAUCCUUUGUUGAAAACCAAAGAAUAUAAUAUUGUGUCACAUUUAAAUAGGGUUUAACGCCCUGUUGUUGGGUUUUUUGUACAAUGUUCAGCAAAGGCCAACUUAAAAAUGUCAGUGUUAAAAAUGCUGCGUCUGUUUUAGCAGUCUCAGAAAUAAAUUGAGAAGUUGAGUAUGAGCAAUAAUGACAUGGGUUUUAAGUUCAAAUUGAGUCUGUUUUCUCUUUUUUGUUUUGUUUCUUGUCUUUAAAAUUUGACCAAAAGAUGUUUUGACUUUGAUUUUCAUUCUGUACAUUUUUAGAUUAAUACGAAUGUCAAUAAAACUUGUCUUUCAUUUGUACAAAAGUU